AUGCUUUACGACCCUUACCCUUACCUUUCCCUCUCCCCAACCAACAACAACAACAACAACAACAACAACUCCUCCAUGUCGACCCCGCUCUCAACCGCACCCCUAGUCACCACCGUCGCCGACGAAGCAGCGUUUGAGCUGGAAAAAGCAUCGAUAACGUCGUAUGAGCAAGGGUGGGAUAGGUGGGAUGGCCCGGUUUGGCCGGUUGGAUAUGUACAGUGUAGUAUGCAAAUGGAUGGGUACGUGAGACCGCGAGUUGCGAUGGAGGAGGGGGUGGAUGAUAUGAAGGCGUGA